ACAACUGCACACAUAUUAAGAACAGUGGAUUUUGUUUUUCACGGAGUGAUGGCAGUAGUUUAAAGAGAACACUAGAUGUUGGCCGUAAUGUGACAUUCGGAGGAAUAAGGACUUUUGAAUCUAUUUUAAAGCUUCCUGCUCAGAUAAAAACUCAUGACUUUGUUGGAUGUAUUCGUAACAUUUAUGUGAAUGGCAUCCUUCUGAGACCUUUAGAGGCCCUGGCCUCAUAUAACAUCCUUGAUAGGUGUCCUCGGACAUCACCGUCACCAUGUCAUAGCAACCCAUGUAGGAACAGAGGCUUGUGCCAUGACCUUUGGUCUGACUAUCUUUGUGAGUGCAAAAGCCCUUUUACUGGAAACAACUGUGCUGAAGAAAUGUUAGAGGAGCUUGUUUUGCGAUUUGGUGGGAAUGAAUACAUUGAGUAUGUCAUCAAGGAGCGAUUCAAGAGAGAUUACCUGCUAAAAGAAUUUCUGGAUGAUAAAAAAGAGGGAAACACCAGAGACCAAAGUGGGAUUAAGAUCAAGUUCAAAACCCAAGAUGAUGGAGUGCUAAUAUUUCUUGUUGGAGAGACAGGAUACACCACGCUGAAAAUAAAAGACAGAAAGCUUGUGUACAUUUCCAAAGACACACUGGCGGGGCACCUGAUAGAACUCACUGCGGACCCCCCUGUGGCCAAUGGUAUUUGGCAUGUCCUCUCUUUAUUCAGCAAUGAACAGCACACAUUUCUGCUUCUGGAUGGUAAAUCCGUCUUGAAUGUCAGCGACAGCAGUAUGGAUCUCACUCCUGUUGGUUUGGAAAAGAUUAUUUUUGGUGCAGGUCGGACAGGUGAUUCAAACCUCCAAGAGUUAGGGUUCAAUGGUUGUGUGCAGUACUUCAACGUCAGCGGAUACACUCUGCCCAUCAGUGGACAGAGUGUGGUGAUGGACGUCUCGCCGAGCUCCACCCUUGUCCAGUCGAGCUGCAGUUCUCCGGCUGUCUGCCUCCCCUGGCCCUGUCCUGAGGACGACAGGACCAGGAGGCGUCGUCUCUCCCCAGAUUGUCAAAACCAGCGGAUUGCGUGCAUCUGUUUACAUAACGUUUCUGACCAGGGCUGCGACAUCUGCCGCAAUGAAUGCUCCGAGAUACAGGGCGGUCUGUCUCUGUGGCUCGUAGCUCUGAUUCUUCCUCUCAUCUCAGUCUUGGCGAUUAUAGGAUUGUGUGUUGCCCUUUACAGAAGGAGGUGCGAGAAUGCAGAGCGUCAGAGUGAUAGCUCAACAAUGAAAUCCCAGCAAGGGACAGACAAUGUGGCGUUUCGCUUUGAUGACAGCGGAACGCUCACUGAUACGACGACGCGUGCGAAAAAAGAGAAACAACAUGACCCACCGGGUGGUGACCAGCAGAGGUCAUGCGUGGAGUUUUACGGUGAUGCCAGUCCACCAAGUGUUCAGCCGGGGCCAAACAGUGACCUGGAGUACUAUGAAAUCAGCUGUAGUGCACUCCGCUCAGACCGCCUGCCCGACACAAAGUGUGAGAAAGCUGAUCCUGAACGGUGGGGAGAUUCGAGGAUGCUGUUAGCAGGAUUUAAGAAAGAUCGCUCCAACGAGGAGCGCGCCCAACAGUCACGGUCUGAGGAUAAAGAGAAGUUCCCACACCCAGAGUACUUUGAACCUGCACAAUGCCUCACUUUUGAAGAAAUUUGUAAACUGAACACUACUUGGGAGAAGACAUCACCUCAAGCACCCUUAACGUCUGAACCUGCCGUGGGCACCACGGCGGUCGGGGCUUCAUCGGGCGGCGGAACAGACAGCACAUCCUCCCGCUCGGAGUCGGGACAGUUUUCUUUUAUCAGGGCCAGGAAAUCUACACACGGCCAGUCAUCCCUGUCAGCUUGCUGCUUCAGACACAAUUGUCAUUCUGCUGCAGAUCAGCAUAAAGAGGAGAGUGCCUGCUCCAAUAUGUUUGAGCAAUGGGGAAACAUUUUAAAUAUGCAUCUACCUUACAGCAGCUAUACUCCUGUAUUUGAGGACAUAGCAUGUCUACCCACUGACGCUUUUCAUAGCAAUGAAAGUUACAUAGAGGAGAUUAUUUGAUGGUCGUUUGGUGUCGUGAAAGUGCUCUGUGAAAAUAUUGUUAUUAUUUAGACAUUAUUUAUUUUGUUGGAACGAUUUUGAUGUAUCACAACUCACGUAAAAUUGUUAAUGGCAUCUAAAUCAUGUUUUAGUUUUAGCAUUCACCGGGUAGUAACAGAUGUUUUACAUAACCUGAAACUCUUUUCAUGUUUUCAUGGUUAUUUUUACAUCUUUAGAAUAGUUAGAAGAUGUUUCUGGUGAUGAUGCAUUAUAUUUUCUAAAACACAUAUCGAGACAACCACGUUUAAUGUAAAUAUCACACUAACUAUUAUGCCUCUGAAAUUUGGUAAAAGUAAAAGACUAAGUACUGAGAAGGCAGGAAAUGUACCAUCUACUCUUUAUUUAGAUUUACUCAUUUUAUCCCAUGUCUGUGUACAAUUCAGUUUUUCUAAAG